CGCUCGUUGGCCACUCUUAAGUAGGGGUCCUUUCUCGCAGAGAUGCAGCAGCGUCGUUAGCACCAACAUGGCAGCGUCCACUCGAUCCCAGGUGCUGUCUCUUUACAGAAUGAUGCUGAAAGAGAGCGGCAGGUUCCCUUCCUACAACUACAGGAGCUACGCUCUGCGGCGCGUGCGUGAUGCCUUCAGGGCCAACAGGAAAGUAGAAGAUCCGAAAAGUGUGGAGCGGCUGAUGGAGGAGGGAAGGCAGGCGCUGGCGCUGAUACAGAGACAGGUGUCCAUUGGCAAGAUGUACGGGGUGCAGAAGACGGUCGUGGAGUAACGGGAUCGCAGAGGAAGAGCCGGGCAAGCAACAGGAUGUGACAUCAUAGACCGGAGCCUGCGGCGUCUGUGGCAUCAUUGUUCAGUUUGAGCGGGUGGAACAUGAAAUGCAUGGUGGGAGAUGUAGGACAGAUGAAGUCUGGGAUCAUCGUGUUGGGGUCGAGGCUUCCCUGACUUGGUUUUUCUUUAGUAUUUAUGUUGUCAGACGCAGAAUCCUGAAAAUAUCUUUCCUCAGUGAAGAGACUGAGAGCCUUUCCUUGAUCAUUAACAGAAAUACAAGAAAUGAUCAAAACUUUGGAGGAGAAAUUACAUAUUAGGCUCCUCCUCUCUGCUGUGCUUCAGCCCUCCAUGUGGAGGUAGGUAACCAUGGUGACUGUGAGGUCAUUAGGUAGGUUUUUUUGUUCAGGUCAUCCGUUUGUGUUUUAAAUAAAGGCAAAGAACAAAGAAA